CGUCGACAGAUCCACAUCUCCUUUCCUUCUCAUCGCCCACAUCAUCGCCCAGCAUGAGCGGGCAUUACAACCUCAAGUCGCUCAUCAAGGCGAUCCGCUCGUGCAAGACACUGGCGGAUGAGCGGUCGGUGAUUCAGAAGGAGUCGGCCGCGAUUCGAACAUCUUUCAAGGAAGAGGACUCCUUUAUGCGACACAACAACAUCGCCAAGCUCCUGUAUAUUCACAUGCUUGGGUAUCCAGCGCAUUUCGGACAGAUUGAAUGCUUGAAGCUCGUUGCCUCGCCUCGAUUCUCCGACAAGCGCCUUGGAUACCUCGGCAUUAUGCUGUUGCUGGACGAGAACCAGGAGGUUCUGACGCUAGUGACCAACUCGCUCAAGAAUGAUAUGAACCACUCGAAUAUGUACGCCGUUGGACUCGCGCUCUGCACAUUCGCCAACAUCUCAUCCGAGGAGAUGUCGCGCGAUCUCUGCAAUGAGAUCGAGAAGCUGCUGGGCAGCACAAACACGUAUAUCCGCAAGAAGGCAGCCCUGUGCGCGCUCCGCAUCAUCCGUCGUGUGCCGGAUCUCAUGGACCACUUUACCGAGCGCGCAAAGCACUUGCUCCAGGAUCGCAAUCACGGCGUGCUUCUUGCUGGCAUCACCCUCGUGACUGAAAUGUGCGACCUUGACGACGAGGUUGCCGCUCAGUUCCGGGCCGCGACGCCCCUGCUUGUUAAGCACCUUAAGUCACUUGUUACCACAGGCUUCAGCCCAGACCACGACGUUGGCGGUAUCAGUGAUCCCUUCCUGCAGGUCAAGGUGCUGCGUCUGUUGCGUAUUCUUGGGCGGGGCGACGUCGAAGCUUCCGACAUUAUGAACGACAUCCUCGCGCAGGUCGCCACGAAUACGGACGCAUCAAAGAAUGUCGGCAACUCGAUCUUGUACGAGACAGUUCUUACUGUUCUGGAGAUCGAAGCGGACAGUGGCUUGCGCGUCAUGGCAAUCAACAUUCUCGGCAAGUUCCUUACCAACAGAGACAACAACAUUCGUUACGUCGCGCUCAACACGCUCAAUAAGGUGGUAGGCAUCGACACCAACGCUGUGCAGCGCCACAGGAAUACCAUCCUUGACUGUCUGCGCGACGGCGAUAUCUCCAUUCGCCGCCGUGCGCUUGAGCUUUCAUAUGCGCUCAUUAACGAGGGGAACGUGCGUGUCAUGACCCGCGAACUGCUUGCCUUCCUCGAGGUGGCAGAUAACGAGUUCAAGUCGAGCCUCACGACGCAGAUCUGGCUUGCGGCGGAACGAUACGCGCCCAACAAGCGCUGGCACAUUGAUACUACGUUGCGUGUGCUCAAGACCGCGGGUAACUACGUGCGCGAUGAGAUCCUGGCCGCGUUCAUUCGCCUCGUCGCACACACGCCCGAGCUUCAGUUCUACACCGCUCAGCGCCUGUUUUCUGCUCUCUCGUCUGAUCUCUCGCAGGAGUCGCUUACCAUGGCGGCCAUCUGGAUUAUUGGCGAGUUCGGGGAUGUUCUUCUUCAGGGCGGCACUGUCGACGACGGCGAAGAGGUAAAGCAGGUCACGGACGAGGCAGUCGUCGAUCUCUUCGAAACGGUCCUUAAUUCGCCCUAUGCCAACACACUCGUACGGCAAUGGGUCCUGACCGCGUUGGCCAAGCUCACUGAGCGCUUCAGCGAGGUGGGUCUCAACAGCCAGCAAGAGCGUGUCAGCGCCCUCGUAGCCGGCUACAGCAGCAAUCUUGAACUGGAAAUCCAGCAACGCAGUGUUGAGUUCGGUAACCUCCUUAUCACGGGCGAUCUCAAGCAGGGCAUCCUCGAGCGUAUGCCGCCUCCCGAGAUUAGGGCGACAAUCAUGGGUACCGUUAGCGAGCGACGUACAGUUGGCACCACCCGAGCAGACAAGGACACGGUUGUGGACCUCAUUGGCGAUGACCUGGGCUCCGGUAAUGCCACGCCGCCGACUGCGAACCCGAGCCAGUCGCUGCAGUCUACGCAGGACCUUCUGGCUGAUAUCUUUGGAUCCUCGGACAUGGGCUCGGAGCCGGCAGCCCCUGCUGCGCCAGCACCAUCCCAGCCACAGAGUCGGAACCAGAACAUCAUGUCCCUCUUUGGCGCAUCCCCGCCCAACUCACCUCCCUCCAGAUCGCCGCCUCCUACUCAGUCCACGGGAGGUUCGCUAUUCGACCUCGUCUCGCCUUCCCCAUCCGUUUCCGCAAGCUCACCACCUGCACGCUCGCCGCCACCGCAGGCGACCUCUCCUCCGCGUUCGCAGGCAUCCCAACUGCAGUCAUACCCAGCCUACGACAAGAAUGGGCUCAAGAUCACGCUGACGCCUAAGACGGGCGCACAGCCAGGUGUCGUGCAGAUCCUUGCACGCUUUACGGCCACCAACCGCGUGGAAGGCGUAAAUCUUCAGGUCGCGGUGCCCAAGACGCAACAGCUGCAGAUGCAGGCCAUCUCCAAGCCCGACAUCGCGGCCGGUGGCACUGAAACUCAGCAGCUCCGUAUCCUCGCCCCGCCAGGCGCACAAAUCCGUCUUCGUCUUCGUAUCCAAUUCAAGGUCGAUGGCAGGCCCGUGCAGGACCAGCAAGAUUUCGCUGGCUUCCCGGCUGACCUCACGGCAGCCAAGUAAUAGGACGUGUCACUAGAUAGAGUAUGCCACAUUUUUACUCG